CCAGCCUGACACAUACAGUACAAGCGCACGCACGCACAAACCCCCCGCUAUAAAAGAGCGGAGCAUCCAGCAGGCUGGUGGAGUCAUGACGGAGAGCGGCAGGGCUCUGGAGCGCCUGCGGAGGUGUUGCUUCCCCUGCCGUACACCACACUGUCAGUUCUGGCCUCCGUCUCGCUGCUCUCGAGACAAAGCCAUGUCUGCCUUCAAGGGGAUUUGGACUCAGGAGUUCUGGCGCUGCGUGGGGGCCGAGUUCUUCGCCAUGCUACUCUUUGUCCUGCUCAGCCUCGGGUCAACCAUCAACUGGGGGGCUGUUGAGGAGGAUCCCCGUCCCCCUGACUUGGUGCUCAUCUCGCUCUGCUUUGGCCUGAGCAUCGCCACCAUGGUGCAGUGCUUCGGCCACAUCAGCGGCGCUCAUAUUAACCCUGCGGUCACGGCGGCCAUGGUGGUGACCAGAAAGCUCAGUCUUGGUAAAGCGGUCUUCUACCUGUUGGCCCAGUGCUUGGGAGCCGUAGUGGGGGCUGCUGUCCUGUACGGCAUCACCCCAGCCUCUGCUAGGGGGGGCAUGGGGGUGACCACGGUCAAUAAGAGUAUCUCCACGGGAAACGCAUUGGUUGUAGAACUCUUCAUCACCUUUCAGCUGGUCUUCACUGUGUUUGCUACCUGUGACCACAAACGUCACGACCUGAAAGGUUCAUCUGCUCUGGCUAUCGGCCUGUCUGUGUGUGUCGGUCACCUGUUUGCUAUUCCCUACACUGGAGCCAGUAUGAACCCUGCCCGAACCUUUGGCCCGGCCCUGGUCACAUGGUCCUGGGAAAACCACUGGGUGUACUGGGUGGGUCCAGCUCUGGGUGGGACCCUGGCUGCAGCCCUGUAUGAAUACCUGUUCUGUCCGGAUCCAGUGCUGAAGAGACGUUACUCUGAGGCUUUCAUCAAGACACCAUUCACUGGUAAACACCGGCAGGACUCAGUCACAGCCCAGGAGCCUCUCUUCACUGUCAUGGAUGUGGAGAGAGCUGAGCGGAGGGAGAGGGAGAGGGAGAGAGAGAGGGAGGUAUCCAGAGAUGUGUUGUCCUCGGUAUGACUAGACAGGAAACACAGCAUUGAUGUCCAGUCUUCUGAUCAACUGUCCCCUCUGAAGGAGACUGACUUCCUGUAGACUGGCAACAGCAGACACUAAGUAACGGGACUAAGAGGACUAUUUACUAAGACGGAUGUGCCAAACAGCGUUUAUCCGUACAAACUGAAGGGCUGCACUGAGGAACAAGAAAAGUGACAUCACUAAAAUCUGUGUCUGUGCUCAUGUAAGAUGUGUUUGAAGGGGAGGGGUUGAAUUCUGUACAAACUGCUACUGCAAAGACGGUUAUUUGUCAUUGACCACGGGACCUUUCCUGCAGCAGAAAUUGCAUCUAAAAUGUACCGUCUGAGAAAAGCAGCUGUAAAAUGUGUUUCAACAGACACACUCAGAGGACAAGAGACUAGAGGGAGAGAGAAACAUUGAUUAUAAGAUCACUUGGUCCUGUCCUCAGUUCAGUAACAACAGUCAAGAACAUAAUGGACAAACUACAAGAUGCUUUAUAAAGAGCUCCCACAUGA